AUGUAUCUCUAUCUUAUUCUCAUAUUUAUUUGUGAAGCUUUUGCCAGUGGAGAUGAUGCUGGAGCUCCGCCACCAGUUCACGAAAGUUUCUAUUUCACCGACAAGUUGAAAGCAUUCGAGUUUCGCAAAGAGGAAAGCCCGAGUGAAGAAGCUUCAAUAAUUGAAUAUAUCGGAAGUGAAAUGUUCUCUCAUAACUCAACGCAGAAAGGAAUGAAAAUCAAAAUCAAUUAUUUCGACAAUGUUUGGAGUCCUAUUCGUUUUCACGGACCUCAUCAUGGAUCCGAUUAUUUUGAAUUACUGGAGAAAAGCCACAAACCACUCGAGUACGUUGUGCCGAACGAGCAAGUUUUCAUGGAAUACACACAAGAGACUGGAGAAUUUAAAGGAUCAAUCAAAGAGGUUGAUAUCAAAGAAGGUUGUAAUUGCGCUCAAAAAGUGGAAUCACCUCAAAAUGGUUCAAUCAUUACAGUCACAAUUCGACAAAGGAUUUCAAAGGGUUGCCCACCAAUCGCCUGUGCCUGGGAACCGUUAGAUCGACGAAUUGAGCGAUUCAUCACCAUUGAGUACUCUUCAAAUCUCAACUCAAAUGACACUUUCUAUAUUCGGGUCAACAAUAAGCACAGGGAAUUAUUAAAAAUGCAACAAGAAGCAAACGGGACCCUCAAAUUUCAAAGCAAACUCUUUCAAUCGAGGAUUUUCUUGCAGCAACUGGAGGAAACACCCAAUCCGAUACAAAUCACUAAAGUUGUCACAAAUCAAAAGCUGGCCCUGGCCUAUCUACCGGAGAUCAUCUUUUUCGGAUUGGACAGACCGAUGAUACUGAAGAAGAUUAUGAAAACCCUUAACGUAACCACCACCGUUGAUCCGGCCGCUGCCACUAUCACUGGUCCUUCAACCGUUGCACCCGUCACAGAGACUGACCUUCCUGAAAGCACAAAAACGCAACUCUUAUUGGAUUCAGUCAGCGACGCGGCAAAAGAAUUCUUCCGCUACAACUAUGGAGAUCUUCUGAAGCAACCGAACGUAAGCGACAACUAUGGCCUUUGUGCACCGUUACCUCCAAGUAGCACUCUUCCAUCAUUUCCGAAAUUUAAAGAAAUGAGUGCCGUUUGGAUUGUCUUGAUUGCUCUUGGUGGCACGUUUCUUUUCCUUUUUGUGGCGAUCGUUUGCAUGUGCACGUGUUGCAGACGGUAUUGUUGGUGUCCGGAUCUUGGAGGAGGUGAUAAGCUUCACAUUGUGAAGCCAUUAGAAGAG